AUGAGACUUUGCGCUGAGUGCCCCGAAGUAGGCUAUCGUGUUCUUUUUGGACCGCAAUGCACCGAAAUCGGAGAACAACUCACUCGUAUCAGAGAUGCCCUACAGAAAUACCCAUCGGAGCUGAAUUUCCUUCAUGAAAUAGUAAACGAGCUUCCAUCGCUAUGGCCUGUCAUUACAGGUGCCUGUCCAGCACUGGAAAGCUUACCUGGCGAGAGGGAUCUAAUUUCACUGGCCCAAAGUAUGAACAAGGAAUCACCGGCCGGUCCUGUGGGAGAACCUUCGAACAUCAUUCUCACUCCUCUCACCGUUAUGGCACAUAUAUCUGAGUUCUGGCAGCUCCAAAAUGUUGCCACGCAUCCAGCAUUCCAAUCAGGAUCAUCCACAGCCUCCUCGGCUGCACUUCCGAGGAUAAUUGAUGCUCAAGGAUUCUGUGUAGGUUUCCUCGCAGCGGGUGUUAUCGCUAGCUCACGAGACGCGCGUGAGUUUCAAUCCGUGGCAUCCAAUGCAAUCAGACUGGCUGUCUGCAUCGGAGCGUUGGUCGAUUUGGAUGAAAUGGUGUCUGGUGAGGCUACAUCUAUGGCAAUAAGAUGGGAGUCCGAAGAGAUGUAUGCCUAUCUUCAACAGAUAUUAAAUCAAGACCCAACAGUGUAUAUUUCCUGCAACACGGAUGUGAACAGCGCUACUAUCACGCUUCCCGGUCAGAUCACAGAAUGGAUGAAGCAGCAGCUCAAUGGCUCUGGGCUGCGGUCAAAGCAGAUUUCUCUACGGGGUCGUUUUCAUCAUCCCCAGGCGCAUGAAGAAGGCGUUCUGCAGAUAAUGCAGCUGUGCAAUAAGGACCGUCGCUUUCAACUCCCCAAUAGUGAUACCUUGCCAUUUCCCCUUCGAUCCAAUCAAGACGGCGAGGUGAUUGAGCCGGGGACAUGGUUGCACACCGUUGCCCUGGAGGCAAUUCUCUGUGCAAAGGCAAACUGGUGGAAAACCAUAUCGUCACUGCUCAAUGACUGGGAAUUGGGAGUUGACGAGUCCUGUCUGGUGUCCAUUGGCACAACGGAAUUCGUUCCACAAUCUGCCCGAGGUCGACUGGUGUCCCAAAACAGCAUUCCCAUGGUAUGUGGAAAGCACAGUCCGGUCGACGAGCAAACACCAAGUGUUUCCUCCACUUCAUUCCUGAAAGAAGAACAUGAGGUCGAUGCCCCCUCACAAAAGAGCCAGAUGAUGCCGAUUGCCAUUACGGGAAUGUCUUGUCGAUAUUCUGGCGCAGAUUCUGUGAACGACUUGUGGGACUUGCUAGAGCUGGGCCAAUGCAAUGUGCAAAGGGUCCCCGAGCAGCGGUUCCGGAUGACAGAGCUCCAGCGAGAACCCCGCGGUCCUUUCUGGGGCCACUUUCUGGAGCAUCCAGAAAUGUUCGAUCAUCGCUUUUUCGGCAUCUCAGCGAGAGAGGCUGAGUCCAUGGAUCCGCAGCAGCGCUUGUUGCUUCAGGUAGCAUACGAAGCAAUGGAAUCUGCCGGUUACUGCGGAUGGCAGCAAACCAAGCCCCCACAGGAUAUCGGGUGUUAUGUUGGGGUAGGCUCCGAAGACUAUACAGAGAAUGUAGCAUCUCGUCAUGCAAAUGCCUUCUCCGCCACAGGAAGCUUGCAGUCAUUCAUCAGCGGGCGCACUAGCCAUUUCUUUGGGUGGACGGGACCUUCAAUCACGAUAGAUACAGCAUGUUCGUCCGCAGCGGUGGCGAUACAUCUAGCAUGCAAAGCCCUACAGACACAAGAGUGCUCGAUCGCGGUAGCCGGUGGCGUCAACGUUCUCACUAACCCUAGAGUGUACCAGAAUCUUGCGGCCGCAUCAUUCUUGUCUCCUACAGGAGCGUGUAAGCCAUUUGAUGCCACUGCUGAUGGAUACUGUCGUGGAGAGGGAGCUGGAAUCGUUGUGCUACGUCCUUUGCAAGAUGCCAUUGACCACGGGGACCCCAUACUCGCUGUGAUCACUGGCUCAGCCGUUAAUCAAGGCUCCAACAACUCACCUAUCACAGUACCUGAUGCGCUGUCUCAACGAACACUUUAUGACAAGACGUUGUCUCUUGCGGGGGCAACUCCCGAGCAGGUUACGUACGUGGAAGCCCACGGAACUGGUACGCAGGUUGGCGAUCCAAUCGAGUUAGACAGUCUCCGCAGGGCAUUUGGUGACCCUCAACGGCGACAGGAUCUAUUUGUCGGGUCCAUUAAAGGCAAUAUCGGACACACUGAGACGUCCUCGGGAGCUGCCGGUCUGCUAAAGACGAUUCUGAUGCUGCAAAAUCAACGCAUUCCGCGACAAGCUAAUUUCACAAGGCUGAAUCCUAAAGUCACCCCGCUUGAUCAAGACCGGUUGAUAAUUCCGGUAAAGUCAGCUAAAUGGCAAGCAGAUGCACGAUUGGCGAUGGUUAGCAACUAUGGAGCCUCAGGGAGCAAUGCUGCACUCGUGGUGAGGGAACACAUUUCCAAAGAAGGUCAUACACCCAGCUAUAUGCUGGAUGUUCCGAUCUUAAUUUGUGCGCAGUCGAAAGACUCCAUCAAGGCGUACUGCGGUGCCCUGCGCUCGGCCCUCUUGAGCACUUCUAUCACAGUUCAAAACCUCGCAUAUAAUCUCGCGAUGAAGCAGAACAGAGACUUGUCAUUCUUCUCUACUUUUUCGAUUUCAUCGAACUCAGAGUCCCUGGCCGCCCGUUUGGAGGCUAUUGCUACGGGCGAUUCUGCAGAUCUUUUGAAGAAGCGACCGGCCAGCGAGCCCCGUGUUAUUUUGUGCAUUGGUGGUCAAACUGGUCAGAGGCCGUGGAUUUCAAAGCUCUUGUUCGACAGCUGUGCCCUGUUGCAGAAACAUCUUUUGGACUGUGAGCAGGUGGGUGAGAUGCUAGGGCUCCCCAGUCUCUUCCCUACGAUAUUUGAAUCAGAGCCAGUCACGGACAUGAUUCACUUGCAUUUCUUGCUCUUUUCAAUUCAGUACGCAUGUGCAAAGGCAUGGUUGGACUCUGGACUUCGCGUCAAUCGCAUCGUGGCCCAUAGCUUCGGUCAGCUCACUGCUCUAUCGGUGGCCGGUACUCUGAGCCUUCACGAUGGUAUUUUCUUGAUCUCCGAGCGUGCUCGUCUAAUCCAGACCCGCUGGGGCCCAGAUUCCGGCACAAUGCUUGCCUUCGAGGGCCCCAAAUCGGUUCUUGACGAGCUACUCAUUCAGACUGGCCAUUGUGUUGAUAUUGCCUGCUAUAAUGGGCCGCAGCAAAUAAUUUUGACUGGCGCAGAGGAAUCUAUACGAGCUUUCGAGAACUCCGUCACUGGAAGUAUUUCAGCAAGCAGUGUCAGACUGAGACGACUAAACAUCACUCACGCAUUCCACUCCAGACUCAUGGACAGUAUUACUCCAGGCCUGAUGGGGGUUGCACAGUCACUGACCUACAUGAAACCGACAAUUACCAUUGAAAAUUGUUCCAUGAGUGGUGACUGGUCGACAGUCACACCCUCAAAAAUUGUCGAGCACAGUCGCGGCACCGUGUACUUCCAACAUGCCGUCGAACGGAUAGCUCAAAGUAUAGAAGGUCCAGCUGUCUGGUUAGAAGCUGGAUCUGGCUCACCGAUCAUUCCAAUGGUCCGCCGAGUGUUGGAUAACCUCUCUGGGCAACAUGUGUAUUGCAAAGUUGACCUCAGUGGGCCUGAAGCCGCAAGGAAUUUGGCAACUGUUACUAGUGACCUUUGGGCGCAGAAUAUCCGCGUUCAAUUCUGGCAUUUCCAUAAGCAGCAGGGAGGCACUUUCACCUGGAUGAAUCUUCCUCCAUAUCAGUUUGCGAAGACAAGCCACUGGGUAGACUUUGAGCCCAGUGCGUUUUCGCCCCCAGCCUCAUCGACGGUUUCUCAUCCUGCAAGUCAGCAGCGAACCGGUCUCUUACACCAACUGAGCAAUGGACCGGACAAAUAUUUGUUCGCUGUGAAUACUGGAGACGCGUUGUAUCGGUCAUGCACGCAGGGACACGCUGUUCUAGACCAGCCGCUGUGUCCUGCAUCAAUGUAUAUGGAGCUCGUGCUGCGAGCGACGGCUUGUCUCUCCACUGUGGAUGAAACAUUAAUCCCAUCGGCAUCUCACAUUGAGGACCUCGUCAUUUGUUCCCCAUUGGUUCUGGAUCCACCAGGGGAUGUGCAUGUGGAACUAUCGCCUCACGGACCAAGCUCGUCCAAGGUGUGGUCUUUCUCCAUUUUCAGCAACGGCGGACAGACUCGUGAUAUAGCGACUCACGCCAAAGGAGUCGUUUCCCUUUUGCAAGACAACUCCAGCUCUAUGUCCUAUUUCCAUUCCAUGGGGAGAUUGGUAAAUCAUUCCAGAGCCAAAGCAAUCAUAGAGCGACCGACUUCAAGUGGACUGAAAGGUUCAGCAGUCUAUUCAGCGCUUCGGGAGGUGACCAACUAUGCAGAUCACUUUCGUGGCGUCAGUCAAGUGUUUGCCGAUGACUGUGAGGCCACUGGAAUUGUCACGAUGGCACCCCAUGCUACUGAGACAACCUGCAAUCCCAUUAUUCUAGACAACUUUCUGCAGGUUGCGGGUAUUCAUGUUAACUGUCUUUCUGAUCGCCAAGCGGACACAGUCUUUGUGUGCAACGCUAUUGGGAAAACUUUCAUCAGCAAACUGCUAAUCGGGAAAAUUAGCGGAGCUCUCUUGCCAUCCUGGACUGUAUACACCAAUUACGUCCGACAGGCAAAGAAUCAGAUAACGUGUGACGUAUACGUUAAAGACGGCUUGACGGAUGAUCUGGUGGUCGCGAUGAUGGGUGUUUUCUUCACGCCUGUGUCGAUACGGUCUCUCACCCGCACACUGGCGAAGCUGAACAAUAACAGUUUCGAAGAUGCAAAGCCGACCCCUGUGUGCAGCGUUCCGCCUGAGACACAGCCAUCAAAGAACAUGCUGAGCCACGAAAAAGUCACCGCCGAGGUCAAUGUAGACCGUGAUCUUGCAGCUGUGCAAGAUAUGUUUAGCGAAAUAUGUGGCGUUGAUGCGAACGAGUUAUCUCCUGACACUUCAUUAGUUGAUAUUGGAGUGGAUUCUCUUUUGAGCACCGAAGUGCUGUCGGAAAUCAAGAAACGAUUUCAAAUCGACUUGGCAUAUUCAACCUUGGUGGAACUACCAGAUAUCCAGAGCCUUGCGAGGCAUAUAUUUCCAGGGCGUUCCAACGUAGCCUGCUCGCGGCCUGUUGCUGAGGAGCCACUACCUCGUGGAUCUACCAUGUCGCAUACUGGACCUGUUGUCAGUAUCAACGCUCACGACAGACCGUCGCUAAUCUCAGUGGCUCAUCAAUGUUAUGAAGCAACUCGCACAGCAGUGUCCCACGCGGAUGAUGCGAAUUGGACCAACUUCUUUCACUGUGUCUAUCCUCAACAAAUGAUGCUCAUUACGGCGUACAUUGUAGAGGCAUUCAAGCUGUUGGACUGUCCGCUAGAGUCUUACCAGCCAGGGCAAGUUGUCCCAAUUGUAUCUGUUGUGCCGCAUCAGGAAACCCUCAGGAACCACCUGUACUCUAUUCUGGAGUCCUUCAAUCUGCUCUGCCGCAAUCCAGGAGGAGAGCUUGUGCGGACGGUAACGCCCCUUUCUCCGCUGUCGUCACAAGUCUUGCACACUCAGAUACGCAGCGAGUAUCCCGCAUACGCAUUGGAGCACGACCUCCUCCAGAUUACAGGUCCGCAGCUGGCAAACUGUCUUUCUGGUCAAGCAGACGGAGUAUCGCUGAUCUUCCGUGAUGCCCAAACCCGGCGUUUGGUCGGAGACGUCUAUACCGACUCCCCAGUGUUCAAGUCGGGUAACCUCUAUCUCGCGCGCUAUCUCAUGGAUGUAAUUCGAGGUCUUGGGGACAGUCAACCGAUCAGGAUCCUCGAAAUUGGCGCCGGUACUGGAGGCACUACCAAGUUUCUUCUUGAUCAGCUCAUGAACAUAUCCGGAAAUACUAACCGCAUUCAAUAUACUUUCACGGACAUCUCCUCGUCACUCAUAGCAGCAGCACGGAAGAAGUUCGCCAAAUACGACUUCAUGCAGUACAUGACUCUGGACAUCGAACAGAAUCCGUCUUCGACCUUACAUGGCCAGUACGACAUCGUGCUGUCGACAAACUGCAUCCAUGCUACACGGGAUCUUGCUCAGAGCUGCUCGCAUUUACGUACUCUUCUGCAGCCUAACGGAAUCCUAUGUCUCGUCGAGCUGACACGCGACAUCUUCUGGCUAGAUCUCGUGUUCGGUCUGCUCGAGGGCUGGUGGCGGUUUGAUGAUGGCCGUGAGCAUGCUUUGGCGAGUGAACAGCUCUGGCAUCAGAAACUUCGCCAGGCUGGCUUUGACUGGGUAGGCUGGACUGAUAAUGAGAGCGUUGAAUCGAAUGCGCUGCGUGUUAUCAUUGGGUCACCGUCAGGAGUGCCUGGACUUACUCAAAGCAUUCCUACCAAGCCGACGAAGCUGGAAACCGUUUCCUGGGCACGCAGAAGCAAUCUUGACUUGAAGGCGGAUAUAUAUUAUCCUGAUGAGAUUGACGUUUUGCGGACUCCCCGUCCAAUUGCUCUAAUGAUCCAUGGGGGCGGUCAUGUUACACUCUCGCGCAAGGACAUUCGCCCGUCCCAGACUCAAGUUUUGCUCCGCGCCGGGUUCCUACCCGUCAGUAUUGACUACCGACUCUGCCCAGAGGUCUCUCUACCAAAUGGUCCUAUGGCGGACGCCUGCGACGCUCUCCGUUGGGUUCGCAACACCCUGCCAAAUCUGCCCCUCCUGCGCCCAGAUAUUCGACCAGACGGCAACCGCGUUGUAGUUAUCGGAUGGUCUACCGGUGGUCAUCUCGCCAUGACCCUACCGUGGACAGCCCCUGCUGCAGGUAUUGCUCCUCCAGAUGCUAUUCUUGCCUUCUAUUGCCCCACAAACUAUGAAGAUCCGUUCUGGUCGCGCCCCAAUUUUCCUUUUGGGAAGACGGUCGCACCCAACGACGUGGAGUACGAUGUCUGGGAAGGCGUGCGUGCUGCCCCGAUCGCUAGCUAUAACCCACCGCCACAGGAACGACCACUGGGGGGAUGGAUGUCAACGAAGGAUUCACGCAGCCGAAUUGCAUUGCACAUGAACUGGACAGGUCAGACACUGAAUAUGCUUCUCAAGGGGUCCAUGCAUAUGAACAAAGAAGAUCCCAUCCCCCGUCCUACUGAAGAGGAGAUCCAAGCGGUCAGUCCGCAUUACCAAAUCCACGCUGGGCGGUACCGCACGCCGACCUUCCUCAUUCAUGGAACAAUGGAUGACCUGGUUCCCUUUGCGCAGACAGAGUCAACACAUGAUGCCUUGGUGCAAAACGGCAUUGAAGCAGAGAUCAGAGUGUUAAAAGAGGCCUUGCAUCUGUUUGACUUAUAUCCCAGUUUCCACACGUCCGAGGAAGCCAGGAACGCUGUGGCUGAUGGAUACGAGUUCCUUAAACGGCAUGUAGGACUCUAG